ACUGCCGCCUGGACCCUGCUCUGGAAGCGAAGAUGCCCCGUGCCAAUGAACCCUUACAGGAGCUAUGAGGACUUCUCCCGGGUUCCCUCGGCCUCCCGGCGGCGGCGUUCCCUGCGUCACUGUAGCUCCCAGCCCUGCUUCGUCUCCUGCACCUUCUACACGCCCAUCUGCUUGCCCUUUUUGCACGAUGAAAUGAAAUUCAGCCCCAAGAAUAUGGAGAGGAGGUCGAAACUAGACGUGGACCAUAUCAUCAAAGAGCACGAGAGCUUUAGCGAGAGUGAAAAGGGCUCAGAGAGGGUGAGAGCGAUGAAAAUGGAAAGCAUGCUGAAGAAGGUGCUAGCUGAAAACCAGCAGUUGAAAAGUGCUGUUCACUUCUUGAAGCAGCAGAACAAAGAAAAAGACUGCAAUGCAGAAGACUGCAAGAGGGCUAAAGAAAAACUUAUGACUGAAAUUGGGUCUCUCUUGACCGAAAUUGCCUUCCUGAAUGAAGUUCGGGAGCAGCUGAGGUACAAGGACCCCGAGUCCAGGAAGGAGACGACGAAAGCCCUCACCGAGACCAUCCAGGCCAAGCUGGAGGUGGCUCACGCGAAGAUCGAGGCGGCUGAGGCCAAGAAGGAGACGCUGGAGGCCAAGCGGAAGGCAGAGGAGGCCCAGGAGACGGCGGAGGCGGCCCAGGCGAGGGAGGACAACCUCCUCUCCUACGUCUCCAAGAUCGCCACCCUCGCGUACCAACAGGCUGCUGAGGCGGAGUAUGACUGCACCCAGGCCCGCAAAGCCAUGGCGGUGGCGGAGGCCAUCCAGGUGGCCACCCUGGCUGAAGGCAAAGGCCGCCGGAACCACAAGCACCACCACCACCACCAGGGUAAGCACCACAGGGGCCACCACGACCACCGGGGCCACCACAGCCACCACAGCCACCACGACCACCGGAGCCACCAUGAGACCCAGAGCGACCUGCCCCACUCGGAGCCCGAGACCCUGAGCAGCACCCGAUAAGGAGGAGGACGGGAGGAAGGAAGGAAGUGAACGAAGGCAGCAGCGUGGCUGGGCGGGAGGAGAGAGAGAGAGGGAGGAUUGGUGCCGUAGAGCGCCAAUAGUGGGAGCACUGUGCAGAAUUAAAAUUUAUGUUUGAGCCGCUGA